AUGGACUCGUAUUGCUUCCACUCCGUCGCAUCUUUUCUUCUCCUCGCCUAUACCGCAUCUUGCCUUUCAUUUUCAAACCCUUCUCUCCUCGGCGUUCAUCCUCUAGAUGUGAAAUAUUAUAGCUCCGAGUUCAUCAAAUGCAAGGAUGGCUCAAAAUCCUUCUCUAGAGACCGUCUCAAUGACAAUUUCUGUGAUUGCCACGAUGGCACUGAUGAACCUGGAACUUCAGCUUGUUCAGCUGGAAAAUUUUAUUGCAGAAACCUAGGAAGCAAGCCACAGUUUAUAGUUUCUUCCCAUGUUAAUGAUCGGUUUUGUGAUUGUUGUGACGGGAGUGAUGAAUACAAUGGAAUCGUUCUUUGUCCUAAUACGUGUGUCAUGGGUGGAAACACAGAGAACAUGUAUGGAAAUUAUGAUUCAAAGGUAGGUAAUCUGGAUGUUUUUGCUGAAAAAGAAACAGAACACGGAGUGAAGUCAGACGAAUCAGCUCACAGCCUUAAUGGUUUGAAGCUGGCAGUUGUUCUACAAGUGGUUCUAGUUGCUUUUCUGGUAAUUCUAUGGAGUUUCCGUUGCCAUACAAGAUAUAGGAGGAGGCGUUCCCGCUGA